AUGAACACGUUUUCGGAAAACUGGCUCCAGUGCCCCCGAGGAGAGGCAUCACAAAGUAGUGUGGCUAUUCAGCAACACUUGAUGAAGAUUUACAGGAACCCAACGCCCGAUGAACUAAGGAAAGCUAAGAAGAACCAAACAACGAAACCUGUCUUUUUUCGGAAGCUUCACCCGGAAGAGUUUCAUGACUACCAGCUGGAAAGUCGGGUGCUCCUAAGUGAUAAAACGCUGUGCUUUAUCAGCCCGAGGCAGUCUGCCGAAAGAGAGCUCCCCCUGCAAAAGCACAUGCGAGCACCCCUUCAGGAAGCCAUAUACAGAGUUUUCUCGCGACACCAGGAGUAUCCGCAGAUUGCUUGGCAGAUGAUUCACAUCAUCCUCGAACGCGUGGAGAAUGAGCAAUUGAACAGGACAUUUGCAAUUCCCAAGGGAUUCAAUGGAUCGUUUUACGUGUACAUCCUUCAUCUUUGGCUGCUCCAUUGCCGCUUGAUGCAGAGCAGUAAAGGGAAGAAGAGUGCGUUCUUUGAAAACCCGCUGCUGGCGCUCGCACCGUCCGCAGCCGGCAGCAAUAGCAGCCGUAGCUGUAAUGGCAACAUUGUACAGAAGCUUCUCUUCUCUUUGCUUCCGGAAAAAGUAACCCCAGCGUCUCCAGAGCAAGUCAAGGAGGCGCUCUUGCGCCGAGUGUAUUUCCGUCGGAUGAUGCACUUUGCGAACGGCAGCCAUGAUGUGAAUAUUUUCCAACUCACUGGGGAUCUGAAGGCCCUGCCACCUUCUCCUAAAACCCCGUCUGGCCCUCACACUCACCAAGCCACAAGGGGGGGCAAGGGAAGUUUUCCUUCGGAAGACUCUAUCCAGGAACCUGGAGAAAGUUCAAGGGACAGGCGGAUACCUCCAGAGAUCCCUGAGGGAUUGGCCUUGGCAGUGCGGGUCGCGGCAUUGAGAGCUGAAGUGUCUGGGGAACUGCUUAAUGAUUUUGUGUUUAAGCAAACAUGGGAAGUUUUGAAGGACUGGCUGAAACUGAAAAAGGUCGGAGAGUUCCAGUUCCAAGCGGAACUUAAGAACUGUCAAGCAUAUGCCUUCGGGCUGAUGGUCUCGCUGGAUCAGGCAAUGACGGAGGGCGAAAUCUGUCCUGCGAGAAUCAAGGAGGCCCUUUGGGGGAAUGUUUACGGAGGCGCGAUUCCUUAUGGAGACCCGGCUCUGUCUCUUCUAACAAAAUAUGUUUUAAGGCAGCUCACGCAUGUCAUGCAGAUCGCAGAUGACCAUUUUUUUCAGGCAAAGUUCAGCUGGGCCGACUUCCCGCUGUCUCCGAACUUCCUUGCUCCUCCUUUGCUACCCCCGCUCUCCCUUCCUGUCUCCUAUGGAGGAUACAGUCCAGAGAGAUCUCCCUCAGACAGCCUUGCAGAACCCGGGAUCCUCCGUUCAAAACUAAUCUCCACAUAA